AUGCAAUCAGCAAUGAAGAUGUUUGGCAUCAUCCUGAUUGUUAUCUUCUCUGUGUCCUGUGGUCCUUCGGCUCCUCAGAUGAAAACAAGAGAUGUUGCAGAAAGAACACACAAAUGUUCCCUGGUCCGUGGUACAUGCAAGUCUGAAUGUAACAAUUGGGAGUAUAAAUAUAACUACUGUCACACUGAGCCCUGCUGUGUGGUGCGAGAAUACAAAAGAAUGGAGAAAUUAUUGACUACUCCCAAAUAUACAACUUAA